AUGAACCACGGCCAACAAUCUGGCGAGGCGAAGCAAGAAGACGAUGCUGCUCUUACAGAGUUCCUUGCGUCUCUCAUGGAUUACACUCCUACUAUUCCUGAUGAUCUAGUGGAGCACUACUUGGCUAAGAGUGGGUUUCAAUGCCCUGACGUAAGAUUAAUAAGGCUAGUUGCUGUGGCUACACAGAAGUUUGUUGCAGAUGUCGCCAGCGACGCCCUUCAUCACUGCAAGGCUAGACCAGCACCAGUUGUGAAAGACAAAAAACAGCAAAAGGAUAAACGCUUAAUAUUGACAAUGGAAGACCUUUCAAAAGCUUUGUGUGAGUAUGGUGUGAACGUGAAGCAUCCAGAAUAUUUUGCAGAUAGCCCUUCCACAGGAAUUGAUCCUGCUACGAGGGAGGAAUAGAAACAAGCAGGAAGUCUUGACCAUAUUUGCCUAGUAAGGAUGAUAGUGUGUGAGAGAUCCGUGAUUCUAUGUUGUGUUUCCCUGAAAACAAAACUCACUCUCUCGUCCUAGUUACAUGUAUAUUCUUUAUGUUGUUUGUUUCCUGACUUGUGUUUCUCUUGAUAAUAAGAUUUUUGAUCCCUUUUCGUAACCACAAGAUCAUAGUAAAUUGU